UUCAGAGCCAGCUGAGAGAUCUACUACUCUUUCUGGAACUUGAUGUUGUCAAAUAUCGCGGGAGCCGCCUCCCUAAUCACUACGUAAUGUGCCGUGCUGCUUCUAGCGGCGCUGGUGACAGUGCUGAAAGCUGUUGGGUAUGAAGUGAAACCGAACUGAAUUUUUGUACCAUCCGCAACUGCUUCAAGUUCAGAUCACAACUAAAGGAACUGAAGACAAACCUCCCAGAUCAAAAUAAAUAGCAACGCAAAAGCAACGACGGGGGGAAAGGAUCACUUCAAGGAUUUAAACCACGAGAAACCAAAUCCUGAAACGACCAAAGAACACGCACAUCGGCCCAACUGAAACGUGAAAGAGAAGCAAUCCUAUACCCAAGCAUAUUCUAAGAAGAUAACUGAUCUGAAACCAGAAGUUUGUGCCUACUCAACAGCUUUGACAAAGCACACGUCCCAACGCUGCUCCUAGCCCUCCUCAUCCUAACUACGCUGCCGACUCACGUGGGCUGCUAUCUGCUAGUACCCUCCCAUAGUUUACCCGUCUCUCUCUACUGCUCCUUUUGUUUUCUCUAUAACUUUUCUAAGCAGUGUUAUUGCACCUGCAACUGCCUUUCGUGUGCUAGAUUUCUCCUUUUUCUUUUUUUCUUACUUUAUGCAACCACCUAGAUCUUGUGCCAGAAACUUGUCAGGAGUGUGCAUGUGUUAAACUGUGUGUCUGUGUGUGAGAAGCUCUACAAAGUCAUCAAGAUCCAGAGAAUUGAAAUAAAAGAAACCGUAAAGACAUCCAGCGUAUCAUUGGGUGGUUACUUAACAGUUGUUCUAGAAAGAAAAAAAAAAUCAAGCAAACAUUAAACAAGCAUUCAAGUUCAGCAAGUGCUCAAGAAACUUUGGUUCAAGUUUAUGGGAAAAUAUGGGCAGCCCCUGGAAAGGCUUUGUUGAGUUUACCUUGCCUGCGUCGCCACCUACCGCGUUUGUUAGUGCUGACCUGAGCAGCACCUCCCCUGUGGGACUCAGCCUGUCGCCAUAUGGCCGAUCCAUGAGUUUUGACCCAGGCAUGCUUCAUAACAAUGGGCAUACUGCCUAUGCCAAUGGCUCAGGGCCUGGCAUUAGAGAGACCGGUGUGGUGGAGAAGCUCUUGACCUCCUAUGGAUUCAUCCAAUGCUCAGAGCGCCAGGCUCGUCUUUUCUUCCAUUGCUCCCAAUACAACGGCAAUCUGCAGGAGCUCAAAAUAGGAGAUGAUGUAGAGUUUGAGGUAUCCUCUGACAGGCGCACUGGCAAGCCCAUAGCAGUGAAGCUGCUUAAGAUAAAGCCAGAAGUGCUGCCAGAGGAGCGCAUCUCGGGCCAGGUGGGGCCAGACCUGCACGUCUAUCCCUUUACUGUGCUGCAUGGUUAUAUUCAUCCAGUUGUUUCGUCUGUCCCAUCAAACUUGGAUGGGAAGGCGGCUCCUGGUCAGGUUCCCACCGGCAGUGUUUGCUAUGAGAGAAAUGGGGAAGUGUUUUAUCUGACCUAUACUCCUGAUGAUGUGGAGGGUAGUGGCCCUUUGGAGACGGGUGACAAAGUCAGCUUUUAUAUGGAGACAAACAAGCAUACCGGCGCAGUGAGCGCACGCAAUAUUCAGCUUGUGAAGAAAAAGCAGGCGAGGUGCCAGGGUGUGGUGUGUGCUACAAAGGAGGCCUUUGGAUUUAUUGAGAGGGCAGAUGUGGUGAAGGAGAUCUUCUUCCACUACAGUGAGUUUAAGGGGGACCUGGAGGCUCUUCAGGCGGGAGAUGAUGUAGAGUUCACCAUCAAAGACAGAAAUGGGAAGGAAGUAGCUACAGAUGUGCGCCUGCUCCCCCAGGGAACUGUCAUCUUUGAAGAUAUAAGCAUUGAGCAAUUUGAAGGCACUGUUGUUAAAGUUAUUCCUAAGGUUCCCACAAAAAAUCAGAGUGACCCCCUGCCUGGACGCAUCAGCGCUAGGAUUGGAUUCUCUGAGAAGGAGCUUCCCUUCGGAGAGAAGGACACAAAGUCUAAGGUGACUCUUUUGGAAGGAGACCACAUUCAGUUUAACAUCUCCACCGAUCGCAGAGAUAAACUAGAGAGGGCUACAAACAUUGAAAUCCUCCCAGACACCUUCGACUUGACCAAGGAGACCCGUGAAAUGGGGGUGAUAGCAGCCAUACGAGAUGGCUUUGGUUUCAUUAAAUGUGUGGAUCGAGAUGCAAGAAUGUUCUUCCACUUCAGCGAGGUCCUGGAGGAGAGCCAGCUGCACAUCUCGGAUGAAGUGGAGUUCACUGUUGUGCCUGUAGGUUCUGUUAAGCUUUUCACAAAAGAUAUGCUGUCCGCUCAGAGAAACCACGCAGUGCGCAUUAAGAAACUCCCCAAAGGGACUGUGUCCUUCCACACCCAGUCUGAGCAGCGGUUUGUGGGCGUCGUGGAGAAAGAGGUGGUUUCAGCCGCCAAUAAGAAUUCAAGUCCCACCAAGGGAAAGGAGAAGAAAAAAGACAAGGAAGCUGAAGAGGGAGUAAUUGCAUAUGAAGACUGCGGUGUGAAGCUCACUGUGCCGUAUCAUGUCAGAGACCUGGAGGGAGGACCGUACCCUCAAGCUGGAGACAAGGUUGAGUUCUGCAUCAAUGAGGUGAAGCGAACGGGCCAUCAGAGUGCAGUUUCUAUCAGGGUUCUCAACCGUAAUGCCUCCAACUCCAGAAGACUGCACGGAUUUGUCGCUGCGCUGAAGGAUAACUUUGGCUUCAUUGAAACAGCCAAUCACGACCAGGAAGUGUUCUUUCACUACAGUGAAAUGUGUGGGGAUGUGGAUGACCUGGAGCUAGGUGAUACAGUGGAGUAUACCCUCUCUAAGGGAAAAGGAAACAAAGUCAGCGCUGAAAAGGUCACCAAGGUGUCUGCAGUGAAUGGUACCGGCGAGGAUGUUGGCGCAUCAGUUUUUGCUGGGAAAAUCAUCCGACCCAUUCGCAGUGUGGAUCCCUCUCAGACUGAAUACCAAGGCCUGAUUGAAGUCACAGAGGAAGGUGGAGAAAAAGGGCAGAACUUUGCCUUUGGUAUCAUGGGGAUGACGAACAAGGCAGACUGUCUGCAGAAGGGAGAGCAUGUUAAGUUCCAGGUCUGCACCGUGUCCCAAACCGGCCAGAAGAUGGCCUGCAAUGUUAUCCCUCAGCGCAGAGCUCCAGUGGAGUGUGUCAAAGACCAGUUUGGCUUCAUCACAUAUGAGGUGGGAGAGAGCAAGAAGCUGUUUUUCCACGUUAAAGAAGUGCAGGACGGCGUUGAGCUCCAGAUCGGAGAUGAGGUGGAGUUUUCAGUGGUCUUCAAUCAACGCACCGGAAAAUGUAGCGCCUGCAACGUACGCAGAGUUAGCGAGGGACCCAAACCAGUGGCGACGCCACGUCCCGACCGCCUGGUGAACCGCCUGAAAAGCAUCACCCUGGAUGACGCCAGCGCUCCUCGUCUGGUCAUCGUUCGACAGCCUCGCGGUCCCGACAAUUCAAAGGGCUUCAGUGUGGAGCGCAAGACUCGGCAGCCUGGUGUCAUCGACUGAGCAAUACACAGCCAGCCUUGGAGGGAUGCUGUCCCUAUGGAAAGCCGCAGGGGAUAAGGGAAACUGAUUUGACAUGAUGCUCGUUAACCAACUUAUCCAAAAAAAUAUACACACGCAUGCAGUAACUGGCAUGUGUAAUCCUUGCCCUCAUUUCAACAUGUAAGGAAACGUUCCCCUCCUCCCAUCUAUGAAGAGCUCUGGUGUCUUACUGCAGAGUACGUGGGAAUCCCUGACUGUAUGCGUGUGUGACGUAUCCUAGAAGCGAUUAGAGUGAAUUGGAGGUUUUGUUCCUAAGGGGCCUUGUCUCUCUAAGUCAGUAUGAGGACUGUGUGGCUGUCUCUAAAGUCUGCUUCAUCUGGAAUUCUGCACCUGUAAGUUUGAAUGGGUUAGAUGGGUUAUGAUUGUUGGCAUGUCGUUAAUCUGCUCCUUUUUUGUUCCUCAAUUCUCCUUUACAUGUGGAAACUUUGGUUACCAAGCUUCUUUUCUGAUGUAUGCUUUCCUUCAAACUGCAUAAAUCAAUGUCUCCUCCAUGCGGAGGAUCAUAUGUCCUAUAUGUGCGAGCUUUUGGGGAUCCAUCUCUGCUCGGUUUUUUUGAGCAGUUUUUAAAUGCUUUAUUUGAAAGGCUGUAGUAUAAAAGCAUGGCGUGAGUGUGUAUGUGAAUGUCGAAGUAGUUUCUCUGAAGGAAUUUACCAGUCUAGAGCCUUGAGAUGCCUUUUUGGUAUUCACAUGCUCCACUUCAGAAGGUUUUUUUUUUUUUUCCCCAGGUGCAGAAUUCCUUGUGGCAUCUUAUAUCUGCAGUUCUUUUAUACUAUUUCUUUUCUUGCACAUAAUUUUGCUUGUCUUUUUUUUUGUUUGUUUUUGUUUUUUUUAUUGAAACUUGGUCUGCUAAUAUUGAAUAAGAAUAAGGUGCCUAAAACUUCAAACAAAAAGGAAAAAAAAAAUAAUAAAAAUUAGAUGCGUUAUGUUCCCAGCCAACCGCCAAAAUAUUCAAAACGAUCUUAGGGUGGCUUUUUUUUUUUUCUCCCUAGUAGAAAUAAUACAAAUAUGCAUCCCAAACCUGUGGGUUGAAUACUGUAUAUGUGUGCGUUUGUUUUUUUUUGUUUUUUUUUUGUUUUUUUCCCUCUCUGAGUGUAAGCUCAAACUUGACAUAAUUUAAGGAGAUGGGUUAUCUGUCAGGAAUUCUGAUUUAAAAAAUAAAAAGCUAUGAAUCAGGA